GUACCAUUGUUGAUAUCUUAAACUUAACUUUUUAAUACUUUGUAUUUUGUAGAUGCCCGGUGGUGGAUGUACAGUCAAGGACGUGGACCAGCAUGAGUUUGUCAAGGCUCUUGCUGCCUUCUUCAAAAAGUCUGGUAAAAUGAAGAUCCCUGAUUGGGCAGACAUGGUCAAGCUUGGUGUCCAUAAGGAACUGUCUCCGUAUGAUGCCGAUUGGUACUACAUCAGAGCAGCAUCAGUAGCUAGACACCUUUACAUGAGAGGUGGUGUCGGUGUAGGUGGAUUGACAAAGGUUUAUGGAGGUCGUAAACGCAGGGGUACAAAGCCAAGUCAUUUCUGCCGUGGCUCCAAAAGUGUUGCUCGUAAUAUCUGCAAGUCUUUAGAAUCUAUCAGAGUGGUAGAGAAAAAAGACAACAGUGGGCGUCGGUUGACAAGUCAGGGGCAUCGAGAUCUCAACAGAAUAGCCGCGCAGGUGAAAUCAAAGAAUACACCAAAAUAAAAUAAAGCGUCAUGUAGGAAGUAACGAAUAUAAGUUUUUGUGAAUAAUAAAAGGCAGAGAAAGUUGCCGUAACUGCAAA